AUGGUAAAAGCUGUGAAGCAUCUUUGGAAGGUAAAAGCGCCUCCUAAAGUUCUCAUUUUUGGACGGAGGAUAAUUCAUAAUAGAUUUGCUACCAAGGACCAAUUGAUUAAGAGGGGAAUUUUGAUGGACGACAUUGUUUCGGAAUAUGUCUUUUGCUCUACGGAGACGGAAAGCCUUUCUCACUUGCUUGGGGGCUGUUUAGUGGUGGAGGCUAUUUGGAGAAAGGUCUACGAGUGGAUUGGACCCGUUGACGGAUUAUCUUUGGAGGAGUUUGAAGGGUUUCUUUUUUAUUUCGAGAAGGUGAAGAAUCUAGCCAAGAGGUCCUUAGUUGCGGUAAUUUGGUUAGCAACGGCUUGGAGUAUUUGGAAUAGGCGUAAUGGAAUCAUUUUCAAGAAUGAUUCUUCAUCAAAUGAAUGUCGGAGGUUGUUUUUAAUUCUUGGAAAUGGCUUUAUUUUAGAUUUAAUUAAGUUAGCAUCUAAUUAUAACUUUCACGUGCGGAAUAUUCUACCGCUCAUUUGUUUUGAGUUGUAG